UGUAAGAAAUUUCAUUAGUUUAUUUAGUAAAAUAAAAAUAAAAUAGCAAUGAAUAUUUCAAAUUCAAGUGAUAUUAUUAUCGAAGAAAUUGACAGUAACGAUAUAUCCGAAUCAGAACUAUCUGAAUUCCAAGAAACUAAUCCCCUGAAAGUGCUAUCAAUACUGCAUAAUGAUGAAGAAACUGAGCAGCAAAUGGACACCCAACCGUCCGAGGAGGAAGAAGGACAAUUGAUAAAACAAUUUUUAGUGGGGUCAGGUGACUUUCCUGAUAUUUAUACUAAAUUAGAGCCACACGAAGAAGAUGAAGAUGAGCAAAUGGACGAGGAUGAUGUAGAUGAUAGUGAGCAACAAGGCGAACAUGCACACGACGAUAGUGGUGAUGGUAGUAAUACCGUAAAUACAUGUCUGGAAAUUGAAUAUGGUGACAAUGCUAAGUCUCGUGGUCUAAAGAAACGGAGAAUGCAACAAGGUGAUGCAGUGCCCGGUACAAGUAAAUCUUCUAGGUUGGGCUGUGGCACAGGACGAAGAAGACCUCAACUUAGUGCUGCUUUGCAAGGCCUAAUGGGUGAAGCUAAUUUAUGCUUUGCUCGUGGACAAAUACAAAUGGCCGAGAAAAUAUGCUACGAAAUAAUACGACAAAAUCCCCUGGCUGCCGAACCUUUUGUAACUUUGGCCGAAAUCUAUGAGACCAGAGACACGGAAAAGUUUCUUAAUUUCCUUACCAUAGCUGUGCACCUUAACUCCAGUGAUCGGUAUCAAUGGAUACGUAUAGCUGAGAUGCAUAUGGCUCAGGGCAAUUUACAAAGGGCACGUAUUUAUUAUACUCGAGCUAUAAAGAUUCACGAUUCUGAUUAUGAUUUACGUUUGCGUAAAGCUCGUUUAUUGGAAAUGAUGGGCCUUAAGUCGGCUGCCAUGUUUACAUAUUUAAAAAUGAUACCGCACUGCCCGCCCGAGGCUCAUGAACUGUGUCUGGUGACGGCUAAAAACGUGGCCAAAUAUUAUCAUACAUUGGAUAAAUAUGUGCAGGCUUUAGAAGCCAUGCAAAAUGCUUACUUUCUAUGCGCUCAUAUUUUUGCUUUGGAGGAUUUGAAUUUAUACAUGGAAUUGUGCAUUUUGAAUAAACAGUAUAAAAAUGUCUUGGAUUGCCUUAGACAACAUACUAACUUGGAGUUAGAUACCGAAAAGGAAGAUCAAGUUGAUUUAGUAUACUAUUGCGUCAUACCGGAUGAUUUUGUGCCCGAUUUUCGCGUUAAACUGUGUGUGACCCUAAUCAAUCUUAAGGCCGAUCAUUUGCUGGGCUAUUUAAUACAAAAUAUACACGAACACAUACCACCGUUUGAAAAUGAUCGUUUAAAUUUAUAUUGCGACAUAGCAGAAGCCCUAAUGCAACAGCAUAAAUAUGCCGAAACCAUAGCUCUACUAAGACCCAUAACCGAUGGCGAUUUCAUUGAAUGUCCAGCCUUCGUUUGGCUUAGACAAGCCGAAUGUUUGCGUCAUUUGAAUCGAUGCAAUGAAGCUAUAGAGAGUUAUUUUAAAGUUGUAGAGUUGGCGCCAUUCUGUUAUGAAGCUAAAUUUACCCUAUCGGCUUUACUUAAACAACAGGGAAGGCACAUAGAGGCUGUCAAAGCUUUGGAGCAAUCAGGGGAACAAGAAGGCCAGCCAUUGCAUGCCCGUUUGCUGUAUGAACGUUGUAUAAUGUUGCAACAGAUCAAUGAAAUUGAGGAAUUCUUGGAAAUUGGUUACGUUUUGCUGGGCAGACAAUCAAUUAAACUGCGUAAUAGGGAAGAAAUGUUGGCGGCGGCCAAUGGUGGUUCAUUUUAUAAUGCCGAUGGUCUUAAGAAUAUUCUGCAAAUGCGUAAUAUUAUAGGAGAAGAUGCUGACAAGGCCUUGGAGGUAAGCAAAUCUACGAAUGCCUCGGCCUCUGAUAAUUUAUCGGUGCACGAUGAGUAUCAAUUGUUUUUGGAAUUAAUGCGCAUAGGAUUUUUGCAUAAAAACUAUAGUACACUGCAGCGUAUAUGUUUCUCCAUGGUAACCACCAAACGUUUUGUGUGCUAUCACCCCGACUUGGAGCGCAUUAUAAUAUUGGCUUGUUAUUUCAACAAUGACUGUACUUUGGCUUUUUCAUAUUUACGCGAAUUAAUAACUAAAAACACGGCUUCAAUACCCCUGUGGAAUCUCUUGUCAUUGAUGAUACAAAAAGGUCAAGAUUUGCGCUAUCACCGCUACAUAAAUCGUCAUAUAGCACGCAAUCCCACGGCCAAACAAAUGCGCAUAUUUGUGGCUCAUUAUCAUCUACAUUGCAGUUCGUAUAAAUAUGCACUUAAUGUGUAUGUGCCCAUGUUUAAGGAACAGCCCACAGCGUUAGUAGCCUUAUGUAUAGCCUGUAUAUUUCAACAGGUUUCUUUGCAAAAGAAAGUUCUACGCAAAUGUGCUGCUGUCACACAGGCCAUUGCCUUUGCUCACAAAUAUGCCCUGCUAAGAACGAGUAGCAGCAGUUCGCCAGAGAAUUGUGUGGCCUAUCAAGAAGUUAAUUAUAAUAUUGGAAGGAUUUAUCAUCAAGCUGGUCUGGUGCAUUUGGCUGUGGAGUAUUAUGAAAAAGCUUUGAGUUUUCAACAUCCAAUGUUAGAAACGAAUGGAGCUACUUUGGGCUUAGAGCAGGAAAUAGCAUUUAAUUUACAUUUAAUCUAUAAAUCUAGUGGUAAUUAUAAAAAAGCACGACAAUAUCUGUAUCAAUAUUGUGUGGUGUAAA